UAAUUGAAAGAUGACGUCAGUGGUGGAUGUCCCACCUACUGGCGCAGUGGAUCCCGGUGGCUCAGAAGAAGCUGGACCAACUGUUCCUCCUACUGUUGAAAUUGCCGAAGUAUCGACAUUUCAGCAAUAUUUGCGGAAGAUUUUGCCGAUCAUGCUUGAGGAUGGUGCUAUUACACCCUCUGGAAAUUUAGAGAAAACUAUUGAAAUCACUACAAAUAUCGAAUUGUUCAAAAAAUUUAUGUCUGAAGCAGCAACGAAAUCACUUCUUGUGAGAAAAUGUGUACUAAAAGAUGACCUUGAGGCGGAUCCCAAUGCACCCCCUGGGUCUCCCUCGAGUGCCGGACCCACAACAUCUGCUGCCCAAGUUGUUUACACAGUGACAGUGGAAAUCAGCUUCGCAAGUGUAAAACAGCAACUCCUGGCCAGUGUGUUGUUCUUGAAACGAGGACUGGUCAUAGAGGCGGAGAAGUCAGUGCCAUCUCAAUUGAGGGUCAUGACCUUGGAUGACCCCUCGGCGACCCCGUAUGAGACACUGCACAACUAUGUGAGCAAUGCGGUGGCGCCUUACUUCAAGUCGUACAUCAGAGCUACUGGAAAGAAUGAUCGGGACAGUGAUAAAUUGGCUCCCUCGGUCGAGAAAAAACUGGCCGAACUGGAAAUGAGUUUGCUUCAUCUACAACAGAACAUCGAAAUACCCGAUGUCAUUUUGCAAAUACACCCAACGGUUGUGGCCACAAUCAAAAAAGCCAAAGACGAAGAUCGAACUGCAAAAGUCGAGGAUUUUGAUGACCUAAUUGAGGACUCCAGCUUCUUGAAUGCGCUUCAAAACGGAGUCAAUCGCUGGAUCCGAGAGAUCCAGAAGGUCACUAAACUCGAUAGAGAUGCCGCAUCUGGGACGGCAAUGCAAGAGAUAUCUUUUUGGCUGAACUUGGAGAAGGCUAUCCAGAAAAUCAGGGAAAAGUUAGACACAAUUGAAGUGACUCUGACUUUGGACAUUUUGAAACAAGGUCGAAGAUACAUGGCGCUGUUGUCUUUUGACACUGACACGGGAUUAGGACAGGCUAUUUCCUUGGUGAAUGACUACAACACCUUGAUGAAGGAUUUCCCUCUGAAUGAUUUACUUUCAGCGACUGAACUAGACAAGCUGAAAAUAUCGCUGAUAAGCAUUUUCCAACACUUCAAGAAAAUGCGAACUACUAAAUACCCAGUUGGAAGGUGCCUGAGACUGAUCGAAGCUAUUUCAAGAGAUCUAAUGACAAAACUGCUGAACAUUCUUGGAUCCCAGAAAUUGAUGCACAUUUCUCACGACGAGUUCGAAAGAAUACUUGCAUCAUGUACUGAAAUAUUCCAAACUUGGGACACGGAAUAUGACAGAUUGAUUACAGCGCUACGAGAGCAGUCGAAGAAAAAACGAGACGAUACUGUUAAAAUGAUCUGGAGGGCGAAUCCUGCGCAUAAGAAACUACAAAUGCGUUUGGACCAGAUGCGAAAGUUCCGAAAGCAACACGAGCAACUGCGGGCUGUGAUUGUCAGAGUCCUUCGUCCGACUGUUCGGCAAGCGGCGCCUAACCCGGCAACAACACCGACAGAGCAGUCGGUUAAUGUCGUGGAUUUGAUAGAUGCGAGCGAUGCAAAUGCUAUAGACGAAGUGAAUCUAGCAUAUGAAAAUAUAAAAGAAAUCGAUUGUUUGGAUGUCUCGAAUGAGGGUGCGACAAGUUGGGAGGCGGCGAAGCGAAGAUACGACGAGAGAAUUGACCGAGUAGAGACAAGAAUCACUUCGAAACUGCGAGACCAGCUGGGCACUGCGCGAAAUGCAAACGAGAUGUUCAGGAUCUUCUCGAGGUUCAACGCUCUGUUUGUGCGUCCCCAUAUUCGAGGAGCAAUCAGAGAGUACCAGACGCAACUGAUUCAGAGAGUGAAAGAUGAUAUCGAACAUCUUCAUGACAAGUUCAAGAUCAACUACCAAUCCACCCGGGCUGUCAAAGUCAGCACAGUGGGAGACAUUCCCCCGAUGAGUGGCAGCAUCAUCUGGGCGAAUCAGAUCGAGAGACAACUGGUCGCUUAUCUAGGCAGGGUGGAAGCAGUCCUCGGAAAAAGUUGGGAGCAGCAACUGGAGGGAGCUAAACUUAAGUCGACUGGAGAUGCAUUCAAGACCAAACUGGACACAAUGCCAUUGUUUGAAGAGUGGGCUAGAAAUUCGAGUCAAAAAUUGAUUGCCAAUCAAGGACGAAUCUUCGCCGUAGAAAGCUUUCGAGUACGCAACACGACACGACUUAGAUUCAAAGUCAACUUUGACCCCGAGGUCAUCUCCCUCUACAAAGAAGUGCGUGACCUGAACGCCAUGGGUCAUCGACUGCCGAUCAAUGUGAAAAACAAGUCCCAUCAGGCCAACCAGAUGUACCCGUUUGCUGUAUCGCUGAUUGAAUCAAUGCAGACAUACAACAGGACUUGUGAUAAAGUUGAUCCAGUCUACAGUCUAAGUUUGCUGGUGGCAGUUUUGAAAAGGGAACUGCAUAAACUGAUUUCAGAGGGGUGUAAUUUGACGUGGGAGAGUUAUAAAUUGGACCAUUACGUGCAGAAGUUCUCGACAAUGGUGUUCAACUUCCAUGAGAAGGCCGAAGACCUGGUACUGAUCGAGGACCGAGUUUGGAAAGAAGUGGAGAAACUGGGAACGUGUGAGUACAGCUCUGAAGUGUUCUCCACCAUCCUCCAGAAGAUCCAAGAUGCUGUGGACGAACUCAAUCUGGCAUCCUUCAGCAAUCUGCCCUUCUGGGUCAAGAUUGUAGAGGAGAAGCUGGAAAAGAAACUGGUGGUGAGACUAGAAGCCGGUUUGAAGGCCUGGUCUGAGAAGUUGCUGAGUGGAAUCAAAGAGGUGAAGGAUGAUGAUGAAAUGGAAGACACGGAGCCGGAAGUGGGACACAAAUUGGGAGGCGAUCCAGUGAUUCCGCCUCUUGUCCACGAGAUUAGAAUCAUCAACCAAGUCAUGCAGUUGUCGCCGUGCAUCGAAGAGUGCAGGUAUCAACUCAUUCAGGCACUGAAUGCCUGGGAAGCACAUGUCCUGGAACUUCCCAGAAUCCAGACUCAAAGAUUCCAAGUAGGAACCGAAGUUCAGACAAUCCGAAGGUACACACACUUGCUGGACGGUAUGCCAAAUGGGUACACCAAUCUAGUUGAUGCGUACAAGGCUAUUGAAACUGUAGUUGCCGCCGUUGAAAAUUACACGCAGACCUGGUUAAACUUCCAGGCUCUCUGGGACUUGAGUAUGGACCACGUGUGCGCUAGAGUUGGCAAUAAUAUGGACUUGUGGAUGCAGUUGCUAUUUGAAAUCAAGAAUGACAGGACGACAUUUGACACAUCGGAGACGAGGAAGACAUUCGGACCUAUUGCAGUCGACUUUGGAAAGGUGCAAUCGAAAGUGAAUCUGAAGUACGAUUCGGUCCACAAAGAGAUCCUGGCAAAGUUUGGAUCCCUCCUCAGCCACGAGAUGUCGGAAGUGUUCACAGUGUUGAGCAAGUCACGUGGCGAACUGGAGUCGCAUUCAGUUGAGACUGCUUCGACGUCGGAAGCUGUGUCGUUUAUCACGCACGUGCAGUCGUUGAAGAGGAAAUUGAAGUCGUGGGAUAAACAGGUGGAGACAUUCAAAGCUGGUCAAAAAGUCCUAGAGAGACAGAGAUUCCAGUUCCCUCAAGGCUGGAUGUAUGCUGACCAAGUUGAUGGCGAGUGGGUUGCAUUUAACGAGAUCAUGAAGCGAAAAGAUGCCUCGAUUCAGUCUCAGAUAGCCAACUUGCAGAUGAAGAUAGUAGCGGAAGACAAAGUUGUGGAGCAGAAGACGGUGGAAGUGUUGGGAGAGUGGGAGAAGGAUAAACCAGUGGGAGGGUCGAUGAAGCCAAGUGAAGCGACUGUUCAGUUGACAAUUUUGGAGGGCAAAUUCACGAAACUGAAGGAGGAAAGAGAUAACAUGAACAAAGCCAAGGAAGCCCUGGAACUUGGAGAACCUGGAGCAAAGAGCGCCCUUGAUGACCAACUGCAAAUCGCUCUGGAGGAACUCACUGACCUCAAGGGCGUCUGGGGUGAACUGGCUGGCAUCUGGGAGCAGAUCGAGAUCCUCAAAGACCAGGCAUGGGUGUCAAUAUCGCCGAAGAAACUGCGCCAGAGUCUGGAAGCACUGAUGACACAGCUGAAGAACAUGCCAGCUAGAUUGCGACAGUAUGAAAGCUUUGAUCACGUGCAGAGGGUGCUGAAACAGUACUCGAAGAUGAACGUGUUGAUCGUGGAACUCAAGGCGGACUAUUUGAAAGACAGACACUGGAAGACCUUGAUGAAGAAGCUGCGAGUGAACUGGGUCAUGACUGACUUGACACUGGGCCAUGUUUGGGACAUUGACUUGGGAAAGUUCGAGAGUGAUAUAAGAGAAGUGCUGGCUGUUGCACAGGGAGAGAAUGCACUGGAAGAGUUCUUGAAACAAGUUAGGAACUGCUGGCAGCACUAUGAACUGGAACUGAUCAACUACCAGAACAGGACCAAAAUCAUCAGAGGCUGGGACGACCUCUUUGGCAAGGUCAAGGAGCACAUCAAUUCAGUCCAGGCCAUGAAGCUGUCGCCAUACUACAAGGUGUUUGAAGAAGAAGCUACUGGUUGGGAGGACAAACUGAACCGGAUUAAUGCCCUGUUUGAUGUGUGGAUUGAUGUGCAGAGACGCUGGGUAUACUUGGAGGGAAUAUUUGCUGGCAGUGCGGAUAUUAAGAACUUGUUACCGGUCGAGACACAACGUUUCUCGUCGAUCAGUUCAGAAUUCUUGGGAUUGAUGAAGAAAGUCACUCGUGCUCCUCUAGUUUUGGACGUUCUCAACAUCCAAGGUGUCCAAAGACAAUUGGAGAAACUUGCCGACCUCCUGAACAAAAUCCAGAAGGCUCUUGGUGAAUAUCUGGAACGUGAGAGGGCUUCUUUCCCUCGUUUCUAUUUUGUAGGUGAUGAAGACUUGCUGGAAAUAAUCGGGAACAGUAAAAACGUUGCAAGAUUGCAGAAGCACUUCAAGAAAAUGUUCGCGGGAGUGAAUACUUUGAUUUUCAACGAAGAUUACACUGUAGUGGAGGGCGUGGCUUCGCGAGAGGCAGAGAAAGUUGUCUACAAAACGAAGGUUUCACUCAUCGAGAACCCGAGGAUAAACGAAUGGCUGACGAAGACAGAAAGUGAGAUGAAGAUUUCCCUUGCGAAAUUUUUAGCCGAUGGUGUUGCAGGGAUCCAACAGUUUUCGACGGCCGAAGUGAUUGACCAGCAGAAGUAUAUGGAGUGGUUGGACAAUUAUCAGACACAGUUGGUGGUCAUUGCAGCACAGAUUGCAUGGACUCAGAAUGCGGAAGUCGCUUUGGGAAAAAUAAACGGAGGAACUGAUCUUUCGCCUUUGGAACAAGUCAGUGGCAACGUGGAGAAGGUCCUAAACGUCCUUGCUGACUCAGUGUUACUGGAACAACCUCAACUGAGACGAAAAAAGCUGGAACACAUGAUCACAGAAUUAGUCCACCAACGUGACGUCACCAGAUUGAUGGUGUCCAAGAAAAUGAAUUCGACUGCAAUGUUUGAUUGGCUCAUGCAGAUGAGAUUCUACUUUGACCCCAAAAACUCGAAUCCUUUGAAACAAUUGGAUAUUGUGAUGUCUAAUGCGCAUUUUAACUAUGGCUUUGAGUACCUAGGAGUGGUGGAUAAGCUGGUCCAGACUCCUCUGACGGAUAGAUGUUACUUUACUCUGACUCAGGCACUGGAUGGGAAAUAUGGAGGGUCUCCAUUCGGUCCAGCAGGAACUGGGAAGACGGAGUCUGUGAAGUCCUUGGGGAACCAGCUGGGAAGAUUCGUGCUCGUUUUCAACUGUGACGAGACGUUCGACUUCCAGGCCAUGGGCCGAAUCUUCGUCGGACUCUGCCAGGUUGGUGCAUGGGGCUGUUUUGACGAGUUCAAUCGAUUGGAGGAGAAGAUGUUGUCUGCGGUGUCUCAGCAAAUCCAGGCCAUCCAGGAGACCUUGAAGACGAUGGGUGCACUGACUGUGAAGCCAGACAAGCCACUAACUGUGGAACUGGUGGGAAAGACUGUCUCUGUAAAUCCGGACAUGGCUGUGUUCAUUACGAUGAAUCCUGGCUACGCCGGUCGAUCCAACUUGCCGGACAAUUUGAAGAAACUGUUCCGAGCUAUGGCCAUGACCCAGCCGGACAAACAACUCAUCGCCCAAGUCAUGCUCUUCUCUCAGGGCUUCCGAACAGCCGAAAUCCUAUCAAAGAAAAUUGUCCCCUUGUUCCGACUGUGUACGGAACAACUGUCGAACCAGAGUCAUUAUGACUUCACACUGCGUGCGUUAAAAGCAGUGUUGAACUGUGCAGGAAGUAUAAAGCGUGAACGAAUGAUGAGAAGACGUGAAGAGUUGGAGAAAGAAGGUCAAACUGUGGACCCGUAUGCCAUUUCGGAGCAGAUCAACGAGCAAGAUGUACUGAUUCAGUGUAUCUGUGAAACAACCAUUCCGAAAUUGGUUGCAGAGGAUAUUCCUCUGAUGAGGUCUCUCCUGGCUGAUGUUUUUCCUGGCGUUGACUACUCCGGAUCGAUGAUGGACGAUCUAAGACGUGAGAUCCAGAAGGUCUGUGAGGAAAAGUUCUUAGCUUGUGGAAUGAAAGAAGAUGAGUUGGGAUACAUCUGGACCGAAAAGGUUCUGCAACUGUACCAAAUCAUGAACUUGCAGCACGGUCUCAUGUUGGUCGGACCAUCGGGAAGUGGAAAGACCUGUGCCUGGAAGACUCUCCUCACAGCCCUGGAGAGAUUUGACGGAGUGGAGGGAGUGGCGACCUUGAUUGACCCCAAGGCCAUCACGAAGAAGGAGUUGUAUGGCAGUCUGGACCCAAAUACGAGAGAGUGGACUGAUGGUAUCUUCACCUUGACCUUAAGGAAGGUGAUUGACAACGUGAGAGGGGAGAGGAACAAGAGACAGUGGAUCAUAUUUGAUGGAGACGUGGACCCCGAGUGGGUGGAAAACCUGAACUCCACUCUGGACGACAACAAACUACUCACCCUCCCCAACGGAGAACGACUCGCUGUUCCCCCCAAUGUGCGCAUCAUGUUCGAAGUGCAAGAUCUGAAACACGCCACCCUGGCCACAGUGUCCAGAUGUGGUAUGAUCUGGUUCAGUGAGGAGGUCAUGACAGUGGACAUGGUUUACCACAACUUCCUCCAGAGACUCAGAAAUGUAUCGGUGGAGCCGGAUGACGAGCAGGCAGUUGCCGGAGGAGGGGGAGGGGCAUUGCAAGGGGCGCAGAUGGGAGAUAAAGACAAAGAUGCGCAGGAUAAAGAGUUGUCACCAUCUAUGCAGGCUAAUAAACAGACUAGAAAAAUGGCAAUAAAGGUUCAAAAUGACGUUGCAGCUGUACUUGAACCUCAUUUCGCAGAAGGCGGCAUUGUGUCCAGAGUCCUGGAACAGGCUGCAUCCUUGGACCACAUCAUGGAGUAUACCAAACUACGGGUUCUCUCGACACUCUUCUCGAUGUUGAAUCAAAUCGCGAGGAACAUCAUCAAGUAUAACAGAGACCACGCCGACUUCCCAUUGGCUAGGGAAAAAGUUGAGUCGUAUUCUGGGAAAGCGUUGAUCUAUUCGUUGAUUUUCGCUGCAGUUGGCGAUGGAAAACUGAAGGCGAGAGAGCAGCUGGGAGCGUUCAUUGCUCAGGCGACAACAAUCCAACUGCCGACAAUGCUGCCGAAUCAGAGCAUCAUUGACUUCGAGGCAACAGUGGAGGGUGAAUGGCAGCCGUGGUCCAACAAGGUGCCCCAGAUAGAAGUGGAGACACAUAAAGUGGGAUCCCCAGAUGUGGUGGUGCCUACAUUGGACACAGUGAGACACGAGGCACUCUUGUACACUUGGUUGUCCGAACACAAACCACUAGUGCUGUGUGGACCACCAGGGUCGGGAAAAACAAUGACUCUAUUCUCUGCUCUACGAGCCCUGCCAGACAUGGAAGUGAUUGGAUUGAAUUUCUCAAGCGCCACGACACCAGAACUUUUAAUCAAAACUCUAGACCAGUACUGUGAGUAUCGAAAAACUCCAAAUGGAACCGUAAUCGCACCCAUUGCUCUCGGUCAGUGGAUUGUGCUGUUCUGCGACGAAAUUAAUUUGCCCGAUCAGGAUAAAUAUGAAACACAGCGAGUGAUAACCUUCUUGAGACAAAUUGUAGAACACGGAGGCUUCUACAGGAUCUCAGAUAUGCAAUGGGUCCAAUGUCAAAGAAUCCAAAUUGUUGGAGCUUGUAACCCUCCGACAGACCCCGGACGAAAGCCGAUAUCUCCUCGAUUUUUGCGUCAUAUACCGGUUGUGUAUGUCGAUUACCCCGGAGAAAUGAGUUUGAAACAGAUUUACGGGACUUUCAACCGAGCUAUGUUGCGGUGUAUAUCAUCUUUGAAGCCGUAUCACGAACCCUUGACCAAUGCGAUGGUAGAAUUCUUCUUGAAGACACAAGAGCGAUUCACGGCUGAUAUGCAGCCCCAUUAUAUUUACAGUCCGCGUGAAAUGACGAGGUGGGUGAGAGGUAUCUACGAGGCAAUCAAACCUCUGGAAAUGCUGCCGGUGGAAGGACUGGUCAGGAUUUGGGCACAUGAGGCCUACAGAUUGUUCCGCGAUCGCCUGAUCGAGGACGAGGAGCGCCAUUGGACAGAUGAGCACGUGGAGAAGGUGGCACUGAGUCACUUCCCAGGCAUAGACAGAGAGGAGGCACUAAAGGGACCCAUCCUGUUCUCAAACUGGCUCUCCAAAGACUACAUGCCAGUGGAACAGGAACAGCUCAGAGACUAUGUCAAGGCCAGACUCAAGGUGUUCUACGAGGAAGAAUUGGACGUGCAGUUGGUGCUGUUCAACGAAGUGCUUGACCAUGUAUUGAGAAUAGACAGAGUGUUCAGACAGCCCCAAGGUCAUCUGUUAUUGAUCGGGGUGUCAGGUGCAGGAAAGACUACUCUGUCUCGAUUUGUGGCCUGGAUGAACGGACUUACUGUCUAUCAGAUUAAGGUGCACCGCAAGUACACGGGAGAUGAUUUUGACGAAGACUUGCGAAUAGUGCUGAGACGAUCGGGAUGCAAAGGAGAGAAGAUCUGCUUCAUCAUGGACGAGGGCAACGUGUUAGACGCCAGUUUCCUGGAGAGAAUGAACACUCUGUUGGCUAAUGGAGAAGUGCCUGGUCUGUUCGAGGGAGACGAGUACACUACUCUGAUGACACAGAUCAAAGAGGGGGCGGUGAGAGAGGGAUUGAUGUUGGACUCGAACGAAGAGUUGUACAAGUGGUUCACGCAUCAGGUAAUGAGAAACUUGCACGUGGUGUUCACGAUGAAUCCCUCUGCUGAUGGGCUGAAAGACAGAGCCGCAACAUCGCCUGCACUCUUCAACAGGUGCGUGCUCAACUGGUUCGGCGACUGGUCACUGUCGGCCUAUUUCCAAGUGGGCAAAGAAUUCACAAUCAAGGUUGACAUCGACAACAACCAUUACACGGCGCCACAGUUCAACCCGCCCCUCGCCUUCGAAAGUAUCCCGACACCACUGUCGUUCCACGGUGCAAUUGUGAACACAUUUGUAUUCAUUCACCAGUCACUGCAUAAAGUGAGUGAUAAGUUGAUGAAGCGAGGAGGCCGUCCAGUGGUGGUGACUCCGAGACACUACCUGGACUUCAUCAGUCACUAUGUGAAGUUGUCGAGUGAGAAGAGGAAUGACCUGGAGGAGCAGCAGCAGCACUUGAGUGUGGGUCUGCAGAAGAUUAGAGAGACUGUGCAGCAGGUGGAACAGAUGCAGAAGGAGCUGAAAGUGAAGUCGAAGGAGUUGGAGGAGAAGAAUGCGUUGGCGAAUGCGAAGUUGAAGCAGAUGGUGGCGGAUCAGCAGGCGGCAGAGAGUAAGAAGACGGAGGGCGAGGCACUGCAGGUGAAGCUGAAGGAGAUGAGCGAGUACAUCUCGGUGAAGAGGGCAGAUGUGAUGCACCAACUGGCGGCUGUAGAACCAGCCGUAGAAGACGCAAAGCAGGCUGUGAAGCAAAUUAAGAAAGAUCAUCUGAGAGAAAUCAAAGCUCUCAAAACCCCUCCGAAGCCAGUAGAAAUGGCAGUGAGCUCACUAGUUCUCCUGCUGGGCAAGAAAUUCACAGAGUGGAAGGACAUCAAGGCCUUCAUGGCCAGUGAUUCAUUUAUCAAAAGCAUCAUAGAAUUCGACUCGGAGAGCAUCUCGGACGAAAUUCGUGAACAAAUGAACAAAAAGUACCUCUCAAAUCCGGAUUACACCUUCGAGAAAAUCAACAAAGCAAGUCAGGCGUGUGGACCUAUGGUAAAGUGGGCAAUUGCCCAGGUGAGCUACGCAGAGAUGCUGCGCAAAGUGGAUCCACUUAGACAUGAGUUGAGUAGUUUGGAGAACCAGGCGGCCGAGAAUCAGGCGAAAGCGGAUGAGACUAAUAAGUUGAUUGCAGAUCUGGAAGCGAGUAUCGCUAAAUACACGGCGGAGUAUGCCCAGUUGAUCAGCCAGGCUCAGAGUAUCAAGACGGAUGCCGAGUUGGUUGAAGCAAAGGUGACCCGAAGUCGAGCCCUGUUGGGCAGUUUGGAGAGUGAGAAAGUGCGAUGGGAGGCAGGCAGCGAGACAUUCAAGGCACAGAUGGCCACCAUAGUCGGAGAUGUGAUCCUGUCUUCCGCCUUCAUGGCCUAUGCCGGAUACUUUGACCAGAGCAUGCGACGUGUGUUGGUGCAGGCAUGGAGCAAACAGCUGCAGCAGUCCAACAUCAUCUUCAGAACUGACUUGGCUUUGGUGGAGUAUCUCUCCUCUGCGGACGACAGACUCUCCUGGCAGGCCAACUCGCUCCCGGCUGACGACCUCUGCGUGGAGAAUGCCAUCAUGCUCAAGAGAUUCAACAGAUACCCGCUUGUGAUCGACCCCAGUGGCCAGGCCACAGAGUUCAUUUCCAAGGAGUACAGGCACAAGAAGAUCACCAAGACAAGCUUCUUGGACUCCAACUUCCGAAAGCACUUGGAGAGUGCCCUUCGAUUCGGAAACCCACUUCUGGUACAAGACGUUGAGUCUUACGAUCCGAUCUUAAACCCUGUUCUGAACCGAGAAGUUCGCCGAACUGGAGGACGUGUCUUGAUAACAAUUGGUGACCAGGAUAUUGAUUUGUCGCCGACAUUUGCGAUCUUCCUCUCAACGCGAGACCCGACUGUGGAGUUCCCGCCUGAUUUGUGCAGCCGAGUGACAUUUGUGAAUUUCACAGUGACGAGGAGUUCGCUGCAGAGCCAGUGUCUGAAUACGGUUCUGAAGUCUGAGCGACCAGACGUAGAUGAGAAGCGGUCGGAUCUGCUGAAGUUGCAGGGAGAGUUUAGACUGAAGUUGAGGCACCUGGAGAAGUCGCUGUUGAAUGCAUUGAAUGAGUCAAAAGGAUCGAUUCUGGAAGACGACAAGGUGAUCACAACCCUGGAGACGCUGAAGAAGGAGGCGGCGGAGGUGCAGAAGAAGGUGGAGGAGACUGACGUCAUCAUGGCCGAGGUAGACGCCACCUCACAGCAGUACGCUCCGCUGGCCACCGCAUGCAGCAAUGUGUACUUCACCUUGGAGGCCCUGAACCAGGUGCAUUUCCUGUACCAGUACUCACUACGCUUCUUCCUCGAAAUAUUCCACGCGGCCCUGCAGGGCAAAGGGGCGACUGACAGCAAGAACCCACUGAAUGGAGUGAACGACCCGGGACAGAGACUGAAGAUCAUCAACAGACUGCUGUUUGCACUCACCUUUGAAAGGGUGUCCAGGGGCAUGUUGCAUCAAGACAGAAUGACCUUCGCAGUGUUGUUGGCCAGGAUUCAAAUGAAGGGAAAUCCAGGGUUACAAGCCGAACUUGGAGACCACGGAUUCGACCCGGAGUACAGACACUUUAUAGAGGGUAACCAGAAGGUAGUGAUGGCCAAUCCGCCCCUGAUACUUCCUGGACUGCAGUUGGAACAGGCGGAGAGAAUGACCAAACUGGCAUCGUCGUUGCCAGCAUUCAAGAGCAUCUACAACAGCGUAGAGUCCAGUCGCGAAUUUUCGAACUGGCUGAACGAGACCUAUCCGGAGACGAAGGUACCGGAGGAGCUGUGGCAACUUCCGAGUGGAGCGAAACCACUGAACAAAGUGGGCACUGCUCUCUACAAUCUACUGCUGGUGGAGGCAUUCAGACCGGACAGACUGUUGGCAGCUGUCAAUCUCUUCGUAGCAUCAAUCAUGGGGGAGGAGUUCCUCAAUGUGAUCGACUCGCCCCUGGAUCUGAAGAGAGUUGUAGAAGAAGAGGUGAACUGUGGCACAGCUGUGCUGAUGUGUUCUGUGACUGGAUUCGACGCAUCAGGAAAAGUGGAGGAUUUGGCUGCAGACACUGGCAAACAGCUCACCGCCAUCUCAAUCGGAUCUGCUGAGGGUUUCAAACAAGCGGACAGCGCGAUCAGCAUGGCCGCCAAGUCAGGUCGAUGGGUGCUGCUGAAGAACGUGCAUUUGGCCCCUCAAUGGCUAGCAGGAAUAGAGAAGAAACUCCACAGUUUGACCCCAAAUCCCCAAUUCAGACUGUUCUUGACGUGUGAAAUAACUCCGAAGCUCCCAAUGAAUUUGGUGCGAGCGGGACGCGUCUUCGUGUUUGAGCCGCCUCCUGGAAUCAAAGCGAACUUGAUGAGGACUUUCGCUGAAAUACCAGCGAGCAGAAUUACCAGAGCCCCAAAUGAAAGGUCUCGACUGUACGUUCUGUUGGCAUGGUUCCAUGGCAUUGUUCAAGAAAGACUGCGCUACUCGCCUCUCGGUUGGAGUAAGAAGUAUGAAUUCACUGACUCGGAUCUCAAAUGUGGAUGUGACUUGCUCGAUACCUGGAUUGACUCGACAUCAAAGGGACGAUCGAAUCUGCCGCCAGAGAAAAUUCCCUGGGAUGCCAUGCGAACUACUCUGGCUAAUUGUAUCUACGGAGGAAAAAUCGAUAAUGAUUUUGACCAGAUGUUGCUGAAUGCGUUCCUGAUGAAUCUUUUCACGGCCAAGAGUUUCGAGGGAGACUUCGCCCUGAUUGAUGAUUCGGACGGACAAGGCACUCCAAUUUUGAUGCCGGACGGAAUAAGACACGAGCAGUUUGUGAAGUGGGUGGGAGACUUGCCCGACACUCAGACCCCAUCAUGGCUGGGGCUGCCCAACAACGCAGAGACUGUACUCCUCACAACCAGAGGAAUUGAGAUGACGACGAAGCUGUUGAAAAUGCGCACUCUGGAGGAUGAGAGUGAAGAGGACUUGACUGCGGGAGGAGGUCUGGACCUACUGGGUGAUGCAGUGGGCAAGGGAGGCCAGGACGGAAAGGGAGGCGAGGGUGGAGCUUUGGAUGAUGGGAGGCCGGCAUGGAUGAAACAACUGGCAGAUACAGCCUCUGAGUGGCUCAGUCUCGUUCCCAAGAGUCUGCAAGUGCUGCAGCGUAACUCUGAGAACAUCAAGGACCCCCUGUUCCGCUUCUUCGACCGGGAGAUAUCACAAGGGGCAGCACUGUUGGAGGAUGUGAGGCGGGAUCUGAGGGAUGUGGUGGCAGUGUGCAAGUUGCAGAAGAAACAGACCAACUAUCUCAGACAGCUCAUCAGCUUUCUCUCUAAAGGCAUCUUGCCUUCCAGCUGGAACCGAUACAAGGUGCCAAAGUCUGUGACAGUGCUGCAAUGGAUCGCUGACUUCAGCGAGCGAGUGAAACAGUUGAGAGAGAUUUCACAGGUGGCAAAUGAUAGUCCGAAUAGCACAGCCCCCCUGAAGGGUAUCCACGUGUGGCUGGGGGGACUGUUCACUGCGGAGGCGUACAUUACAGCCACUAGACAGUAUGUGGCUCAGGCCAAUCAGUGGUCGCUGGAGGAGUUGUCUCUACAGGUGAAAGUGUACGAGGACGUGCACACUAGACUGGACAUGUGUUCCUUCGGAAUCCUGAAUCUGAACUUGUUGGGGGCUCAAUGUGUAAACAACAAACUAUCGCUGUCCUCCAAAAUAUCCACCGACAUGCCACUCACCGCCCUCAGCUGGGUCAAGUUACCGCCUGAGCAGCGAGACAUUCUUACUGACAUCCAAGUGAGGCUGCCAGUCUACUUGAACUUCACCAGAUCAGAGCUGCUUUUCACUCUGGACUUCGACACUGUGAACUCGGAUGGCAUGAAGUUCUACGAGAGAGGAGUUGCAUUCCUAUGCUCGAAAGCUGUCUAAAUAGACAAAAAGAAUGAAAAGGAUAAUUAGCGAUUCGUUUGAAGAUCCUAUUUUGAAACACUCUGAUUGAAUCAGAGCUGGAACUUCACUUAAUGCUACUCAAACUAACAUAGUACUGUAAUUAAUGGUGUGUAUCUUAAAUUAAAAAAAAAACUAACUCUUGUUUCGAUAUAAUUGGUGAAUAUGCAAAUGAGGUUAUUUUAAAACACUUAUUGAAAAAGAGCAGGGGUAACCAAUUCGCAAAAAGUUCAUGGAUUGCGUUGAACCUAACGUAUUUAUUUAUUAUUUGGGUUGUUUGGGAAUGCUCUUAAUUGUUGCUUUUAGUGAAAUAGAUUGACUAACUCAUGGAAGGGAACUAAAGUGUGUAAUAAAUUGGUGUAAGAAACGAAUACAAUAAAUAAA